AUGGUAAGAGAAGAGUUGGUGGAGAAGGUGUUGGAAAUGAGGCGGAGAAGCAAUGGGGUAAUUGUGGUGGUGAUGGUGUUUGGAAAAGUAAUAGUGAGGGUGAUAUCAGGAUAUGCUCCGCAACAAAGUAGGAAGGAAGAGGAGAAGGAUAGGUUUUAUGAUGAUGUUUCUGACGAGAUUGGGCAAGCGGGGUUGAAUGAGUUUGUGGUGUUGUUGGGUGAUUUGAAUGGUCAUGUGGGGGCGGAUGCAGACGGAUAUGAAGGUGUGCAUGGGGGAUGGGGAUAUGGUAUACGGAAUGAGGAAGGGCGUAGAGUGUUGGAGUUAGCGGAUGCACACAGCAUGGUGGUGGGAAACACUUGGUUCACAAGGGAACCAGCGCGAUUGAUUACUUAUAGGUCAGGGGAAAAUAGAUCGAUGAUCGACUAUAUAUUGGUAAGGGCCAAACAUAGGAAGUAUGUGAAGAUUGUGAAGGCGAUACCUGGUAUGUUGCAGCAUAGUAUGGUUGUGAUGGAUGUGACAUCAAAAGAAAUGGGAAGGAGGAAGAAGGAUAAGGGAACCCUUUGGUGUUGUCAGUUUUCUCGCGGACCCCCUGCGAAAGGUUCCGCAAGGGCCCGCGAGGAAACUUCUGCCGUCUGA